AUGCCUUCCGCUCUGUUCGGCCACCUACCACUGCCUGGCAAAUCUGCCACUACACUUCCAGCCUUCGUCUACGGAACAGCUUGGAAGAAAGACCUCACUGCUUCCUUAGUCUUACAAGCCCUACAAAACGGCUUUACUGCGAUCGACACAGCUUGUCAACCACGACACUAUCGGGAGGACCUCGUCGGCGAAGGAGUUCGGAAAUACCUCUCUUUAAACAGCAAUAUCAGCCGCUCAGACCUAUACAUCCAGACCAAAUUCACAUCGAUUCAUGGGCAGGAUCCGAACAAUAUUCCGUACAAUCCAAAGUCGAGUCUACGAGAACAAGUCGAGAAAUCGAUCGAGACGUCCUUAAGAAACUUUACUAUUUCCUCAUCUGAGACGCCAUAUCUCGAUAGCUUAGUUCUGCACAGUCCAAUGCCAUCGAUGCCGGAGACGCUCGAAGUCUGGUCAGCACUGGAACAGUACGUGCCCGACAAAAUUCGCAACCUAGGUAUUUCCAACACGAACUUGUACACCUUAAUGGAACUCUAUGAGCGUGCCACGGUCAAGCCUGCCGUCGUACAGAACAGGUUCUACGCGGCAACGAAACACGACACCGCGGUACGGAAGUACUGUAACGAACGAGGGAUCAUCUACCAGAGUUUCUGGACACUGACUGGGAAUCCGAAUUUGUUUAAGAGUAAGGUCCUAGCGGAGACGUCUCGACAGCUAGAUGUACAGCCUGCUGAAGCUUUGUACUGUCUCGUACUUGGACUGGAUAAUACUGUAAUCUUGAAUGGAACUACGAGUGUUGAGCAUAUGAAGGAAGAUUGGGAAGCUGUAAGGAAGGCACAAGAAUUUACAAAGAAUAACAGCAAGCAGUGGGGACAAUUAGUCAUGGAUUUCAAGAAGACAAUUGGACAGCUUGUUGCAUAA